AUGGCCAACAUAAAUUUCGACCAGUAUUUCUCCUACGAAGCCCGCCUGGCCUCCUUUCAGAAGACGACCAAGAAGCGCGGAUCGACUACCGGCGGACGAGGAGCAGCGAAGGCCCUCAACUGGCCUCACAAACAAAUCUCGGCAACCAGUCUUGCCAGAGCCGGAUUUGUGUUCAGCCCCAGCCCCGACAGCCCCGACAAUACGAUAUGCUUCUUGUGCGAAAAAGGGUUGGAUGGAUGGGAGGCUGGCGACGACCCAGUCUACGAGCACGUCAAACAUGCGCCCCAUUGCGGCUGGGCACUGGUUGCUGCCAUUGAGGCUGAUAUUGGAGAUUACGCAAGAGAAGACCCCAAUGAUCCCGAAAUGGUCGAAGCGCGCAAGGCGACUUUUGCCGGCAGAUGGCCCCAUGAGAAUAAGAAAGGCUGGAAAUGCAAGACUAAGCAGCUAGUAGAAGCCGGGUGGAAGUAUACGCCAACUGGAGAGUCAGAUGACAUGGCGACGUGUGCAUACUGUCAACUGGCACUCGAUGGAUGGGAACAGGGCGACAAGCCUUUAGAUGAGCACUACAAUCGGUCUCCUGACUGUCCUUUUUUCUCACUAGUCAGCCAGUAUAAGGCUCUGGGGAAAGCUUCUAAUCGUGGAAAGUCUUCGCGCAACUCAUCAGUAUCUGGCCAGUCUCAUGGGUCAACAUCCGCCGAUAUCACGAAUCCUUCCGAUAUGAGUGUCGGAUUCGACGACACCCUUGCUACAGUUUCAUCUUCGGCCACACAGCCCGGGGCGAAGAAGCCUAGGGCAAAGAGGGGGCCGGCGGCGAAAGCUGGUAGGAAGAAGACUAAAAAGGAGGAGCCAUCAGAGUUGCUUGAUGAAAGCAGCCCAAUGGAAGAAGAUACGCAGCCACCGAAACUCAGGCGAGGCCAGAAAAGGUCGAGUGAGGCUGUAGAGGAAUCGACAAUGAGUUUUACGGGUGAGCCCACACUGAAGAAGAGAGGGUCGCAGCUUUCCGUCAACGACACCAUUGAUAGCAUUGCAGCCCAUGAGAACGACUCCGAAAUGACCGAUGUCUCCAGCGCCUCCUACAACAAAAGCGGAGCAUCGUCGUCCAGAUCAAAACCCGGUCGCAAACGCGCGUCAAAGCUGAGCUCACAAGCUUCUCUAGCAUCGUUGCGAGCCCCUGGUGGCUUGCUAAAUGACGAUGAGAUUGAACGCCGACUAGAGGCUGAUCUAGAAUACCACUUUACCAGCGAGGAGGAGAUUGCAUAUGAUUCUGAUUUGACACGGAACAUGGCCAAAGCAAGCAGAACAGUAACUGACUCGGAAGCCGAAACUACUCAAUUCUCAAAGAAAAGAUCGGCUGAGUAUGCAAUGUUCGAUACAGCCAUCCCUGAGCCCAGCGAGGCAGAGAUUGAAGAUGAGCUUCAAGCUCUACAAGCGGAGAUGGAAGUCAAAGAGCCAGCGCCCAAGAGAGGUCGUAAAGCUGGCGUACAAAAGACGAUGAACCAGCUCAAGCCUAAGAAGUUUGAGCCUGAAUCUGAAUUUUCGGAAUCUCAGAAAGAAGACGAAAGAGUGGUAUCGGCUGAUAUCAGUGUAAGUAGCACUAGGAGUCUUGCGAAGAUACCAAAUUUGCCACCUCCCGCUGGGAAACGUGGGCGUGGGCGGCCGAGGAUGUCCUUGACAUCUCAAGAUGAGUCUAUCGGUGAGACUGACGGGUCGGCACAACAGCCGGUUAAGCGUGGGCGAGGCCGGCCAUCGAGAGAAUCAUUGGCGUCUCUAUUAUCGGCCGAGUCUGGGGAUACCCAUACAGCUAACCCUGCCGUGAAACGAGGCCUCGGCAGACCUGCAAGUUCGUCUCUGGACUCGACAGGGGCAGAUGAAGACAGCGAAGCUACCUCUGCUCUGGCCCCAAAACGCAGAGGGCGCCCAUCUAAAGCUUCCUCUUCAUCGCAGAAUCUUCAUAAUUAUACAGCUGUUGGAAGAAGCAAAGAUGCCUAUGCACCUGCGAAACGUGGUCGUGGAAGACCGGCUAAGAAACUGGUCGAAAUUACCCCCGCAGAACAGACUGAGACAGAGGCUGACGACGAGCUUAUCGGAGCUCCUGAACCAUCAGAAGCGUUCCCUCGGCCACCUAAACAAUCACCUUUGCGAGCUAUUUUCUCGCCAAAGGAAGAUGCUUUAUCUCUGGCUCCAUUACCAGGCACCCCGUCCAAGCUCCUGUCCCCUGUGCCUUCGGCUAGGCAACCAGUAUUGUCACCAUCACAAUCUCCCCAAUCAUCAGAUGCAGAGAACCAGCCUCCUCUGUCUCGUGCCCCCGCUCCUGGUGCCGCAAAGCGUACUAUACUGGCCCCUAUGGCAACAACUCCAGUUCAUGGAUCGCCUUCGAAGCGUAACGUUAUGACCGGGCUUCGAAGUACGACACAAUGGGCUUCCGCAAGCCUGGAAGCCAUCUUUGGCUCACAACAUGGCACCCCAGGGAAGGAAAACGACGUGGACAGAUUUUUGAAGCGAGGCAACGAGCUGACCAGUCCAGAGCGACAAAUGAGCGUGGAGGAAUGGAUUUAUUUUAACGCGGCGGAAGCGGAAAAGAAGCUCAAGUACGAAUGCGAAUCUUUGGUCAACCGAUUUGAAAUGGAGGGCACAAGAGCUAUCAAAGUCUUGGAGGGCUUGGAGGUUGUUGAAGCUGAAGGCUGA